CCAAAUCCAAAUUCGGAAAAGGGAGUGAACCGUCCUUUAUUUCCAUACACAUACAUUAAUCGGAUUUUCCCCAUAUCACAUAAUAAUAUAUUAAUUUCCCAAAAGCAAAUCCUAAACAAACAAUAUGCGAAAAAAUAUUCAUCGUUUAUCUGUAGCAAAACGAAUUCCCAAUAGGAAUAAAACUUUACGCUGGUAACUAAAUUACAGUAGUAUAGUAACAGCGGCUAUUAUAUAUAAAUAAAAUAAAGCCAUAAGAUGACCUUGAGUCUUAUCAAUGUUUCUCCGUCGUAUUGAUAAAGUCUAUAUAAAUAAAGAAGUUUAAAUUUUCACGUUUUGUGUAGUGUUUGGUUGAAACAAAUCAUGAGGCCGCCGGAGGAAAUCGAGGAUAUAAUUCUUCGAAAAGUUUUCCUGGUUAAAUUAGUUGAUUCCAUGGAAGACGAUUCACGGGUAGUUUAUUUGGAGAGAACCGCUGCGGAAUUACUCAAUGAGGAUAAGGAUUUCAGAUUAUCCCGGGAUUUAUUGGAGCGGGUUCUCGUCGACCGGUUAACCGGAAAUUUCUUGAACGCAGAGCCGCCGGUUCGAUAUCUGGUCAACUGUUACCGGCGAGCAUCUGAGGAGGGCCGAAAGAUUGCUUCGAUGAAGGACAAGAACGUGAGAUCGGAGAUGGAAUUCGUGUUGAAACAAGCCAAGAAUUUUGCUGCUUCUUAUUGUAGGAUAGCGCUUGGAACUCCAGAUAUGUUCCCUAAUUCCGAUGCCGUCGCCGGUACUAAUUCGCCGUUGCUUCCUUUGAUUUUGUCGGCCGUUGAUGGAUUCGGUAACAACGGAGACGCCGCGCCGCCGGGAUUUCUGGAAGAGUUGUUUAGGGAAGGAGAUUAUGAUAGUGUGGAGCCUAUUAUGAAGCAAUUGUAUAAGGAUUUAAGUGGUUCUGUGCUCAAGGUUUCUGCUUUAGGGAACUUUCAGCAGCCACUCAGGGCAGUACUUAUGUUGAUUAAUUUUCCGGUGGGAGCGAAAUCAUUGGUGAGUCAUCCUCAGUGGAUACCUAAUCCGGCGUAUAUCAAUGGGAGAUUGAUUGAGGUUGCUAGUAUUUUGGGACCAUUCUUUCAUGUUAGUGCUUUACCUGAUCAUAACACUCUCUACAAGAGUCAACCUGAUGUUGGGCAGCAGUGUUUCUCAGAUUCAUCGCAAUGCCGUCCUGGAGCCAAUGUUUUGUCUUCGAGCACGACGAUCAGGACUGUUAUGAACAGCCUUAAUGAUGGUUUGGCAGAGGUGAUGAGGAGUCUUCUUAAGAAUGCUAACACUCGAGAGAAUGUGCUGCAAUUUCUAGCUGUGGUGAUCAACAAAAACACGGCUCGGGCGCAUAUGCAGGUUGAUCCAUCGUCUUGUGCUAGUACAGGGAUGUUUGUGAACCUCAGUUCUGUGAUGCUGCGACUUUGUGAGCCGUUUCUGGAUGCCAAUUUGACAAAGAGGGACAAGAUUGAUCCGAAAUAUGUGUUUCAUGGCACCCGUUUGGAAUUGAGAGGAUUGACUUCACUUCAUGCUUCAUCCGAGGAAGUAAAUGAAUGGCUUCUGAGAAACAAUGAUUGCAAAGAAAAUGGUAAAUUUCACUUCAUUUCUGAGUGCUUCUUCAUGACUGCGAGGGCUGUGAAUCUAGGUUUGUUAAAAGCAUUCUCGGAAUGGAAUAAUCUUGGUCGGAACAUUGCAAGAUGUAAAGAAAAGUUAUCAGCCUUGAAAAAAAUGCAAGGUCAGACACCUUGUGAACAUCUGCAGCAAAAUAUAGCUAGCCUUGAGAAAACAAUUGGAUUAUACUCACAGGAAGAGUCAUGCUAUGAAGCUCAGGUACUGAGGGACACGGGGCUUGUUCAGCGAGCAUUAUCCUUCUACCGGCUAAUGUUGGUCUGGUUGGUUGACCUUGUAGGAGGAUUUAAGAUGCCUCUGGCAUCAACAUGUCCUCUGCAUUUUGCAGCCAUGCCAGAGCAUUUUGUGGACGACGCGAUGGAGUUGGUUAUAUAUGCCUCUCGGAUUCCCAAAGCUUUGGAUGGGGUCGAACUGGAUGACUUUAUGAACUUUAUCGUCAUGUUCAUGGCAAGUCCUGACUUUGUAAGAAAUCCUUACCUAAGAGCAAAGAUGGUGGAAGUACUCAAAAUGUUGAUGCCUCGCAAUAAGGGUUCAUCAGCGAUGGCUACAUUGUUUGAGAGUCACCAACUAUCCCUGGAGUAUCUUGUUAGGAAUCUUCUCAAGCUUUAUGUUGACAUUGAAUUCACAGGUUCCCACGGUCAGUUCUACGACAAGUUUAACAUUCGCCACGACAUUGCAGAGCUUCUCGAGUACCUGUGGCAGGUUCCAAGACAUCGAACUGCUUGGAGACAGAUUGCUAAGGAGGAGGAGAAGGGAUUUUAUCUGAACUUCGUAAACUUUUUGAUUAAUGAUAGUAUUUAUCUCCUGGAUGAAAGUCUCAACAAGAUUCUCGAGAUGAAAGAACUGGAAGCCGAGAUGGCUAAUAAAGUGGAAUGGGAGCGAAGAUCGGGUCAGGAGAAACAGGAAAGGACUAGACGGUUUCAAUCACUGGAGAAACUCAUUCGGGUUGACAUGAAAAUGGCCAACGAAGAUGUUCGCAUGUUGGGUUUUACCACACAAGAGAUUACAGCUCCUUUCCUCUUGCCAGAGAUGGUUGAGCGGGUCGCGAGCAUGCUGAAUUAUUUCCUGUUACAGCUAGUUGGACCUCAGAGGAACUCUCUGAGCUUGAAAGAUCCUGAAAGGUAUGAGUUUCGUCCCAAAAUCUUGGUCAAGCAGAUUGUGGACAUGUACGUGAACUUGUCCAGGGGAGACACUGAAAGCGUUUUCACAGUCGCCAUUGCAAAAGAUUGUCGAUCUUACAGCGAGCAGAUAUUCAGUGGCGCAGCUGAUGUUCUUGGGAAAAUCGGUGAAGAUGCGAAGAUCAUACAAGAAUUCAGAAAUUUAGGUGAAAAGGCUAAAGCUGCAGCGACAGAGGCGAUGGAUGCCGAAACAGCUCUCGGAGAGAUACCUGAUGAAUUCCUUGACCCGAUUCAAUACACAUUGAUGAGGGAUCCUGUCAUUUUACCUUCAUCAAGGAUUACAAUUGAUCGCCUCGUUAUUCAGAGGCAUCUUUUGAGUGAUUCUACGGAUCCUUUCAACCGUUCUCGUCUUACGGCAGAUAUGUUGAUACCAAAUAAUGAGCUUAAAGCUAAGAUUGAAGAGUUUGUUCAAUCCCGUGAAUCGAAGCUGCGAGGGAAAGAUUUGAGUUGAAAGAACACGAAAAUGACAACAGAAACCACUGGUGAUGCGUCUUCUUAAAUUGAGUAGGAAGAUUGAUUCUGUUUCAUGUGUAAGUUUGUGUCAUUUUGUGCACUUCAUUAUUAUCAUUAUUGGAUCCCUAGAUUACAUUUCAUUUUGGCUUUCUCCACAAACAACUAGUAUAUCGAUUCCUUCUUCAAAAAAACUAGUAUAUCGAUUCUACUGUAUAUGUGCAUUUUUUUAAAAAAAAACUUUUUGUACAUAAACACGGACUAUCGAUUAAUU